ACAAGUCUCGUCUCUCCGUAAUGAAUCCGUAGCUUCACUACUCAAUAAGAACGAAAUCGUCACUUCACCUCUUUGAUUUCACCUAUCAAACUCAUCCAAAGCAAAAGAAAAUUUCGAGAGGCUGCCAACAAUGGGUGACGACCAGGCUCUUUUCUGCAGUGAACCCGAACCCAAACCCAAACCCCCGUUGGUUUCCCACGUGCCGCCACUCGUUGCCUCCUACAACGACCGGAUGCGCCCCCUGCUUGAUGCAAUCGACAGGCUGCGAAACCUCAUGGUCAUGGAGGAGGGCAUCCAUCUCCCCACCAUUGUCGUCAUUGGCGACCAGUCCUCAGGCAAGUCGAGCGUCCUCGAGUCCCUCGUCGGCAUCAACUUGCCGCGGGGGCAGGGCAUUUGCACGCGCGUCCCUCUCAUCAUUCAACUCCAGGACAGCCCUCAAGCCGAUCGCCCUGAGCUCUACCUCGACUUCAAUGGCAAAGUCAUCCCAACCGAGGAGGAGAACAUCGCCAAGGCCAUAAAUGAUGCCACUGACGAGAUUGCGGAUCAUGGGAAGGAUGUCUUGAACGCGCCGCUGACUCUGGUCAUCAAGAAAUACGGCAUCCCAGACUUGACCAUGAUCGACUUGCCUGGAAUCACGAGAGUCCCCGUGCACGGCCAGCCUGAGAACAUCUACGAGCAGAUCUCGGAGAUGAUCAUGGAGUACAUAAGGCCUGAGGAGAGCAUCAUCCUCAAUGUCUUGUCCGCGACGGUUGACUUCUCCACUUGCGAGUCCAUACGGAUGUCGCAAAUGGUGGAUAAGACCGGCAGGAGGACGCUGGCGGUCGUCACAAAGGCUGAUAAAGCUCCAGAGGGAUUGCUUGAGAAGGUGACGGCUGAUGAUGUUAAUGUAGGGCUUGGCUAUGUGUGUGUGAGGAGCAGGAUUGGUGCCGAGACCUACGAAGAAGCGAGGCUGGAAGAGGCGAAGCUGUUUGACACACACCCUCUGCUGUGCAAGAUCGACAAGUCCAUUGUCGGUGUGCCUGUCUUGGCACAAAAUCUAACGCAGAUUCAAGCCACCAUCAUUGCCAAGUAUUUGCCUGAGAUCGUCAUGAAGAUCAAUGACAAGCUGGACGCAAACGUCGCGGAGCUUAAGAGCAUGCCCAAGAAUCUGUCCUCCAUCGAGGAUGCGAUGAUGGCCUUCAUGGAGAUCAUGGGGUUGGCGAAGGAGUCGCUGAGGAAAGUCUUGCUGAGAGGCGAGUUAGACGAGUACCCGGACGAGAAGGGCAUGCACUGCCCUGCCAGGCUGGUGGAGAUGCUGAACCAAUACUACAAUGAGCUCCGAAACUACACCGAGAACACCCUGACGACUAACUUCUUGUUGGAGGAAAUAGAGGUCUUGGAAGAGGUUAGAGGGAUUAACCUCCCGGACGUCCUCCCUUCCACCGCCUUUCUCAUCCUUUUGCAGCGGAAACUGAAGGGGAUAUCCAGCCAGCUGCCGGGUUUUGUGGUUCGAGUUUCGGACUGCAUUGAGGGAGCUGUGAUUCGGGUGUUAAUGCAACACUCAGAGAAUUACCCUCAGCUGCAGUCGUCGACGAGACGAGCAACGUCCAAUCUGAUCAACAAGAUGAAGGGGAAGAUGGCGAAUAGGAUGGCGAAGAUUGUUGAAAUGGAGAAGCUCACUGACUACACUUGCAACCCUGAGUACCUGUUGGAACGGAACAAGUUGAUGACCCAGCAGGACACGUUCGUGAACAAGUAUUUAAUAUCGUACAGCAUUGACCUCCAGGGGAUGGGGAAUGUCAGCGUGAGCCAUCUGUGGAGUCGCAACCAGCAGCUGAUUCGGCAGGCGUUCGAUCUGAAGAUGAGGAUGACCGCAUACUGGAAGAUUGUGCUGAGGAGGUUUGUGGACUUGGUGGCACUGCAUCUGCAUUUCAGCGUGCAGAACCUGGUGAACAAGGAGAUGGAGAAGGAGAUUCGGGGUGAGCGGAUGGGGCGCAGCAUCAAGAGGAUGAUGGAGGAAAUGCCGGAGGUGGCGGAGAAGCGUGAGAAGCUGAACAGGAGCAUCAAGCGGUUGAGGGAGUCUGCGGAGGUGAUGGCCGAGUUCAUGGACCGGAUCGCUACCGACGGCGACGACAAUGAUUAAUUAGCGUCAUUUUACUGUUUUUUCUCUUUUUCUUUCUUUUUGGCUCGUGAGGGAUUAUGUGAGGAAAAGAUAUUUAUCAGCGUGUUCUUGUUUGGUUAGGUGGUUCUGUGUGGGAUGCUACUGGACUUCAAUUAGCUUCCUAUGGUUAGCUCUUGAUGAUGUACUAGUAAGU